AUGAUAGACACAGAUAAUACAACAACCUCAACAAGUACAGACUGGUUAGAAAUUAUGGAACAAGAAUACACGAACGAAAACAUACUAGUACAAGAUAAUCAUGUAGUAGACUCAGCUAGAUACAAUAAGGAAUCCCUCACGGCUUCGUUAUCCUUAGAAGAGGUUCAACCUGUAUUAGAGGUAGUCCGUAGUAAAAACAUAGUUAAAAAUUUAGAGAUUACUACGGUUAAAAAUGUCUCAUUAAAAGAAAAGCAUAUUGCCCCUGAAGUUUUGGUAAUUCAUGAAACUAACACAGCACAAGUAGCAGACAAUGAGAACAAAGACAAUGAAGGUUUUACAGAAGUUAGAAAUAAUAAAAAGAAAAAAAGGAAAGUAAAUCCUAGUUUAAAGAAAUAG